AUGGACGAUUCUCAGUUAGAUUUAGGAACAUUAGAAGAUAUAGACCCUAGUUUGGCAGGAGGAUAUAAAAUUUAAUUUAAUAAAGAAAUUAAUAUAGAAACAAGGUUAAGUUUUUAUAAUAGUUAUCUAUAGAAUAUAAAAUGCUAAUAAUGAUACUUAAGAGAUAGGAACACUUGAAUAAAUCAAAGUAAAAAUACUUGUUUAGGUAAAAUCUCAAAUUAUUGUUAGGGAGAUCUAUAAGCAUUUGAGAAUUUGAAAAUAGAAUUGACUAGUGAAACAGAUCUAUUCUUUAAUUACAUAACAAUGUAUUUUAUCUACUUAUUUUAAUUAGUGUUGAUAGAGAAAAUUAUUAAAAUAUAAAAGAAGCAUAAAAACUUACAAUAGAAUAUCCUUAAUUCUUACAAAUGUUAAUUAAAUUAUUAAAUUCAUCUCAUAAGGAACCUAACCAGUAUAAUUAAAUUAAAACUGUUUUAGCUUCUUUUGUGUAUUUUUUAUGCAAUAAGAUGGGUCUGCUAAAUUAGAUUUUAUAGAAAACUUAGAAUAUAAAUUUAUGGAGAUGUUAACUUUAGAAUUUCGUUCUGCAACUGAAGAAGUUAUAAGGCAAAAUGUUUCCUUUCGAUAUAAUUUAAUGAAAGCUAAACUAUAAUAUGUUUAAAAUAGGUAUAUUCUUUUUUAUUAUUCUAGAUUAAAUGAUAUAACAUCUCUUAUAAAAUUAAAAAACCCAUCACUUCUAGCUCAAAUUAAUAAAUUGUAAAUAAAUUCCAGUUUAAUUUAAAGUAAUCAAAAUCAAAAUACAAGCAAAUAUUUGGGUUAAUCUAAAAAAAAUAAUAACUCAUCAAAAUAUAUAUGA